CUAAACAUUUGACCGCAUGUUUAAUGACUGAAUGUAUUGAAAAUGUGGCAAAAAUUGUGACAACAAAUACAUUGCAUCAGAAAUACAGUGAUUUUACAAUCAGUUUAAACACUAUUUAGUUUGCAAUUAAUUUAAUUGAUAUUAAUUUGAGUGAUAUAUCGGCGCACAAGUAGUUUGUGAGACAAUCUUCAGCAGAGACACGAUGUCAGGACAACCGCAUCUCAAGACUCAAGACUUGAAAACAUUGGAUCAAUCAAAACUGACUCCAUUGACACCCGAGGUUAUCUCAAGACAGGCCACAAUCAAUAUCGGAACCAUUGGACACGUAGCUCACGGCAAGAGUACUAUAGUGAAGGCCAUAUCCGGAGUACAAACGGUUCGUUUCAAGAAUGAAUUGGAGAGAAAUAUCACCAUUAAGUUGGGUUACGCUAACGCAAAGAUAUACAAGUGUGACAACAUUCAGUGUACGCGACCCACGUGUUACCGAUCGGCGCCGUCAAACAAAGAGGACGAAUUCAGGUGCGACCGACCCGACUGUACCGGUAAAUAUCAGCUUCAGCGACACGUGUCAUUUGUUGACUGUCCCGGACACGACAUUUUGAUGGCCACUAUGUUGAACGGAGCUGCCGUAAUGGACGCCGCUUUGGUUCUGAUUGCGGCCAACGAAACCUGUCCUCAACCGCAAACAUCUGAACAUUUAGCAGCCGUUGAAAUCAUGCGUUUGCAACAUAUGAUUAUUUUACAAAAUAAAAUUGAUUUGGUUAAGGAAUCGCAGGCUAGAGAACAGUAUCAACAGAUCCAGAAGUUUGUCCAGGGAACCGUUGCUGAAGGAUCACCUGUCGUACCAAUUAGUGCACAAUUAAAAUACAAUAUCGAUGUUCUUUGUGAAUAUAUCGUCAAAAAUAUACCGAUCCCUAACCGAGACUUUAUGUCUCCGCCACGUCUUAUAGUAAUUCGAUCAUUUGAUGUAAACAAACCCGGCUGUGAAGUUGAAGAUAUUAAAGGAGGUGUGGCCGGCGGGUCAUUACUCAAAGGUGUGCUCAAAGUAGGAAUGGAGAUUGAAGUCAGACCUGGACUCAUAUCAAAGGACGACUCGGGCAAAAUCAUUUGCUGUCCCAUAUUGUCGAAGAUUACAUCGCUAUAUGCCGACCAAAAUGACUUACAAUAUGCAGUUCCCGGCGGUCUUAUUGGUGUCGGAACUAAAGUCGACCCAAUGCUUACUAGAGCUGAUCGUAUGGUCGGUCAAGUGUUGGGUGCUGUCGGCUCUUUGCCUGAUAUUUAUUCUGAACUCGAGAUAACGUAUUAUCUAUUGAGACGACUGUUAGGUGUCCGCACUGAAGGCGACAAAAAAGGAGCAAAGGUUCAAAAGUUGACUAAAGGAGAAGUAUUAAUGUUGAAUAUUGGCUCCCUUUCCACUGGAGGCCGGGUAUUGGCAGUAAAGGCUGAUUUGGCUAAAAUAACUCUUUUCAUUCCUGUUUGUGUUGAAUGUGGAGAAAAGAUUGCAUUGAGUCGCCGUGUGGACAGACAUUGGCGUUUGAUCGGUUGGGGACAAAUUAGAAGAGGAACAGUAAUCGAUCCGUCAUCCAAUCAGCCAAACAUUUUGCCCAAUAAACUUGAAAUGCAAAUGUAAUCCAAUUAUAAUAAUAAAAUUUUCUAAUUUAUUUCA